AUGGCUGAUGGAAUCUCCAACGCACACUUUUCUUUGACUUCUGCCUCUUCUGGAUCGCGUAGGUGCCACGGGACUGCACCUAGCGACUUCCCCUCUGGACAAUAUCCUCACAAUGAUGACUUCUUCUUGUCAGCGUCUUCUGCAAUGACCUAUGACUCCAUGACCGUGUCUGGCGGUGCAUUUGCCGUCCCCGUGAUGUCGAGCUUGAGCGGCUUUGAUGCCGAUCCAACCUCUGAGUUCCUGACAGAGGAGGCUUUCUCAGGCGACAACUCCGCAGACUUGAACCUCGUGCCAUCGUCGCAAUACCAUGGACAAGACCAGCCAGAGGAUCUGAUGAUUUCCGGUUACAUGAACGUGGAUUCUUCGUCCCUCUAUCAUCCUGGAAUGGUGACCCAUUUCAGCUCGCCGGGCUUCUCGUUGCAGAGACUGCCAACACCCCCUCCCGAGGAAUAUGUCCGGGAUUGCCUGUCGGCCCAGAAUUCGCAGGAGAAGAUGUACCCGAAUGCCCAGGAUUCCACUCUCUAUGGGAACAGCGCCUGCAAGGUGUCACCAGACAGGUCAGAUCCCUUCCUUAUCUCCCUCCACCUCAUCUGUCAACUAACCCAAGCGGUCAACAGCCUCAAAGGACGCAGUGUAUUUCGACCUAGGCCUAUUCGAUCUGCGUCUGAACGGAAUGGUGUCGUCGACCAAAGUGUUUCGUCUAUCGUGCCUGCUGAGACCCGGAGCCCCAAGGAGGAACAAUCGGACCGAGAAAAGGCCAGAAGUGGACCCCUGUACGAAGCCAGGCCCGACAAAAGUGGUCACUAUCAUUGCCCUAUGUUCGACAAGCUCAAGUGCAAUCACCAGCCCACCAAGCAAAAAUGUAUUUACAACAAAUACGUGGACUCCCAUUUAAGGCCAUACCGCUGCCGUUUCACGGAUCGCCCGGAAUGCGAGGAUCUCAGGUUUUCUUCCAACGCCUGCCUCCUUCGCCACGAAAGAGAAGCCCAUGGAGAACAUAACCACGGAGUGAAUCCCUACUUGUGCAAGUUCCCGGACUGUGACCGUGCCCGAGAGGGAAAUGGAUUUCCUCGCCGAUGGAAUCAACGUGACCAUAUGAAACGAGUCCACCAAUACGAGGAACCUGAACCUCUUCCCAAGAAGAACUCAACCACUCAAAGUCAGAACAAGAGAAAGAAGCCGACAUCUGUUCCCAUGAGGAGGUCGAACUCCUCCACCCUGGCCAAGGCUCAUGCGAUGGCGAAUGCUGCCAUCCAAGCUCAGAACUACGGCCAGGCUAUUACCCGGCCCCAGUAUGUCGCUCCCGGCGCGUACACUAUUCAAACCCGGGACUAUGAUGCCAUGAUGCCACAAACAGUGUCAAUGGACGAUGUCCAGUUCUCACCCAGGCCUGCCAUCUCUAGGACAUGCCGUGUGUCACCGCCUUACUCCGGGGUCUAUCCUUCAUGA